CGGGACGAACCCCAUUUCCCGCAGAUUGUUUUCAUAUCCUGUCUCUAUAUUUUGGGUUUCAUGAAGCAAAUUUUAGGUGUAGCAGAAACAAUGGAGGUUCAGUCUGUUACCUCUGAGCACGCGUUGGGGGAGGCUUUGGUGGUUCAUACCCUUCUUACCACUGUCAAAUCCUUGUUCACGUUUCUCUUCAUGACUGGAUCUCUUCUUACAGCUGUGGAUAACUUAGUGUCACCAAUUGAUGGAAGGUUUCCCUUUGACCAACUAUGCAAGAGAAAACAUACUUGUGAAGAAAAUAAGGAUGGUAGCGAUACUGAUGAUGAUGAUGAUGAGGAAGACGAGGAUGACAUUAAUGAUGGAGAAGAUGAUGACAACGACGAGGAUUUCUCUGGUGAUGAAGGCGGGGAGGAAGAUGAUUCUGAUGAUGAUCCCGAGGCCAAUUUUGGAGGUGAAAAAGAUGACAAAGAUGAUGAUGACGACGACGAAGACGAUAAUGAUGAAGACGAUAAUGAUGAAGACGAUAAUGAUGAAGAAGAUAAUGAUGAAGAAGAUGAAGAUGAAGAUGAUGAAGAUGAGAAAGAAGAGGAGGAGGAGUCUCCUCAGCCACCCAGUAAGAAGAGGAAAUGAGAAUAUUGUUGCAGACAAAUUCUCAUCUGUCGUUGUUAGUGCUGUCUAGAUUUUAGUCAAAUUUAGGUAUUAGGACAAAGAUUUACUGUCUUGGACCUGUCACUCCAUGUUUUUGUCGUUUAAUAUUAUAAUUUAUGGAUUAUCAUUAGUG